CUAUGACCCGGCUUGACCGAGCAAGAUUGGUGAACGACUGGUGACCGGGACAGAAGCAAUUUUCACAGCUGUCGGGAAUGUCGCACGUCAAGAGGCUCGUGCUUUCCAUAGUCCAGUUCCUGCGUCAGCAACUCCAGACCGCUGACUUGACCAUCGACGCCAAGGAGAGCUUGGAAGUUGCUGUACAGUGUCUGGAGACUGCCUACGGAGUCAGCCCUGAGGACCUUUCAAAUGAGAGCCUGGUAGUGUCGCGGCCGUUGCUAGAAAUCUUCCGGGACGCACUUCCUCGAGAACAUGUACAGACUAGUUAUGAAGAUGUACCUGAGCCAACCGAAGCACAGAAAGCUGAAGCUGAGAAGUACAAGCAGGAAGGCAACCACAUGAUGAAGCUUGAAAUGUACACAGCCGCUCUGGAGUGCUAUACGAAGGCCAUUAGCCUGGAUGGACGCAAUGCUGUUUACUACUGCAACAGAGCCGCAGCCCACAGCAAGCUCGAUAACCACCUGGAUGCCAUUGAGGACUGCCAGAGGGCGUUGGAGAUUGACCCCAAGUACGGCAAGGCAUACGGCCGAAUAGGUUUAGCAUAUGCUAGUCUGAACCAGCACCAAAGGGCAAAGGAAUGCUACCAGAAGGCGGUAGAACUUGACCCUGAAAACCAGAGCUAUAUCAACAACCUUCGAGUCGCCGAGGAAAAACUCCGUGAGCUGUCGAGCCCUGGAAAUGGCGAUACACCCAGGCCCGCAGGUGGUGGUGUGGGCGGUGGCGGCGGUUUAGACUUUGGGACCUUACUGAAUAACCCCACGCUCAUGAACAUGGCUGCCACACUAAUGCAGGACCCCAGCAUGCAAAACAUCAUGAGCGGACUCAUGUCUGGUGGUCUGAGCCAAAACACUGGUGGAGGACUGGAUGCUCUCCUUCAAGCAGGCCAGCAGCUAGCGUCUCAAAUGCAGGCGGCGAAUCCCGAGCUGGUGGAGCAGCUCCGGCGCCAGAUGAACAACAACGCAGGUAACCGCGACCCCUCCGACCCAGACGGCCCCGACAGGAACAUGUGAGAACCUCCGAAGCGUAGCACUUCAGGGAUCACUCGAAAUCUUCUCUCGUUCUAUGUCCUCGUAGCAAAAAUCUACUCAAAUGCAUUAAAAAAAAAAAAGAAAUGCGUAAGAACUUGACAACAAGCAUGUGUAGCAUGGUGUGGUGGAGUGUUGCAGAUGGCUGAAGACCGGCAGGAAAUAAAAUUUCAUCCAGCGUUGCCGCAUCACUCUGGAGAUGGUUUUUCU